UAAUAUCAGAGUACCAAACCCAACAAAAGAAAUUAAAAGAUAAGAGGGAAACUACUUACUACUACAUAUGUACAACACUUCUGAAACAGAUCUGAACUGCAAAAAUGGCCUCUGCUCUAUUCUUCACUUGUCUGACCUGUUCAAUGUUCUUGCUCACUAUUCCUUGUUAUGUUGCUAAUCAGAAAGUUACUCUCUCGCUUUACUAUGACUCUUUGAGCACAUCUUGUGCUACCUUCAUCGUCAAGAAUCUUGCUAAGAUUUUCGAUGAUGAUCUCAUCACCAUUCUCAAUCUCAGACUCGUUCCUUGGGGUGAUGCAUACGCCAAUAAAUCGAACAACAGCACCACUUUCUGUCAGCAUAGGCCAGAUGGAUGUAAGUUGAAUUCUCUGGAAGCAUGCGCUAUCGAUGUUAUGCAUGAUGUGAACAAGCACUUUGCUUUGAUUUACUGCAUAGAAUUUCUGGCCAUAGAGGGAAGGCACAAGGACUGGGAAACUUGCUUCAGUUCAUUGGGACUGCCUAAGAAACCCACUUUGGAUUGCUACAACAGUUCAAAUGCAACAAAGCUUGAAAAAAACUAUGGCAACGAAACCAUGCACCUCAAUCCACCUCUAAAGUUUGUACCAUGGCUGGUUCUGAAUGAUCAACCUAUUGGAAAUGACUAUGAAAAUUUUGCUGGCUAUGUGUGCAAGGCUUACAAAGGUAACAUUGUGCCCAUGGCAUGUCAAUCUGUGCAUUUGAAGCAGAAGACAGAAUAGACACACUCCACACAAGCAAUCAAAUCAACCAGAAUCAAGCCUCAAUCCAGGAUCAUUAAUCCAACCAAAGUCGAUAUCUUUAUCAGCAAAUCAGAUUGCAUAACUCCACUAGUUGUGGAUUAUGAAGAAAAAAAAAUCUCACAUUCUAUUGCUUGAUCAUAGUUCUGACUUUCUAGUUUCUCUGUAAAUGGUUCUCUCUAUAUUAUUGAUUAAGAUGUAAAUGAGUUUAUAAUAAUGAAAAGUUCGUAGCGAUUAUAAAGUGUUAUAUAAGAAAAGAAUCUAUUGACUGUGCAAAUAGUUAAUGUGUAAUUUAUUCCUAGGAGUUGAAUCAACCACAAUGAAC